CAUCGAUAUCACGGACGCGCUCCAUCACCAUCAGGAAAAUAUCGGAUUUCACCAAAAACUGGUGUACAAAUUGCUUUACCCACAUCUGAACAACUUCAAUGGCAAGCUCAAGAAUUAGGUGUAUUAAUUCAUUUUAAUAUUGCAACAUAUAUUGAUGUUGACGGAUGUUCUGGACAGAUGGUUCCAAAUAUUACUUUAUUCAAUCCAUAUCUAUUAAAUACAGACAAUUGGGUUCAAACUAUGACUGAUUAUGGUGCUCAAUAUGCUGUACUUGUUGCUAAACAUGCCUGUGGAUUUCAUAUGGCACCAACAAAGAUUAGAUUUCCUUCGAAUCCUUCUGGUCAACUAGUUCCAUAUACGUAUUCAAUUGAUUAUUCACCAAUGAAAGUUGUUAAUAAUAAUUGGUUUAAUGUUGAAAGUGGUUAUAUUCAAAAUACUACAUUACAGCCAGGUCAAGUAAAUAUUACACAAGAAACUUAUCAAAAUAUUGUAUUACAACAAUUAACGGAAAUUUGGACUAAAUAUGGUACUUUAGAAGAAAUUUGGUUUGAUGGAGGAUAUACAAUGGAGAUGGAAGCGCCAAUAACAGCUUUAUUAGCUGAACUUCAACCUCAAGCAAUUGCAUUUAAUGGUUAUGGUGUAUCACCAAAUCCUGCUCGAUGGAUUGGUACUGAAAUGGGUGUUGCACCUGAUCCAAAUUGGUCAACAGGCAUAACAAAUGAUGGUGGUGAUCCAGAUAGUUCAGUAUUUUGUCCUGCUGAAUGUGAUACAACUCUUCAAGAACAUGAUCGAUGGUUUUGGGGUGUUAAUGCAACACUUCGUCCACUUUCAGAAUUAAUUCAAGUUUAUCAUGAAACUGUUGGUCGAAAUUGCAUAUUAAUGCUUGAUCUUUCUCCUGAUCGAACUGGCCUUAUUCCAAUAGCUCAUGCUAAGCGUUAUAAAGAAUUAGGAGAUUUCAUUCGUUCUUGUUAUGGUACUUCGAUUUCACCCACUGAACAUGUCACAUUUGAUGAUUCAACUAUACAUAUUCUAUUAUUUGAUUCAUUUCCAGUCACUGUUGAUCGAUCAGUUAUCCAAGAAGAUCAAACUCAAGGUCAAGUUAUUCGAGCAUAUACUGUUGAUAUACAAUUAGCUAAUGCAACACAUACUGAUCAAUGGAUGACAGUUGCACAAGGCACAAGUAUUGGAAAUAAGAAAAUUGAUGUUUGGAAUGUAGGUCCACAAUUAAUCAAUGCUAUUCGAUUAAAUAUUACAAAAUCAGUUGAUACACCUGUGAUUAAAGCAUUUACUGUUCAUUUGUGCAAUUAA